CGGUUUCCGACAGGUAAAUAAACACGCAUGCUGACAUUGAGAGAUAUAAAUACCAUUUCAGUUAGUUCCCAUCACUUUCUGGUCGUUCAUCCUUUAAAACACUUUAUAAACCUCCGGUCUGAGCAGGAAAACGAGGAUGGCUCUGUCAUGCGUGCGCCUGUGCACCAGGCACAUCAGCUCCGGGCUUCAGGUCUGCGGCCACGCUACACUCAGUAAAUCAUCCCGACCCCAGGAGAAAACCAGCAGCGGCCCAGUUUUUCAGUUUGUUGGCCAGCAUAAAAAGCCCUCCCACAAAGUGUUUGUCUGGGGCUUCAGCUUCACCGGCGCGCUGGGUGUCCCCAGCUUCGUGGUGCCGGACAGCGGCAGGAAGAAGCCUCGCAAAUACCAGCUGACUCCUUACCGACUGGAGACCGCGGAGCAGAUCUCCUCGGCUGCUUGCGGCUACGGCUUCACUCUCAUCGCCUCGCCAACCAAAGACGUGAUCAAGCUGUGGGGCAUGGGCCUGAACAAGGACUCUCAGCUGGGCUUCCAACGCACGCAGCACAGCCGCCAUCAGAGCUACGACUACGUGUUGGAACCCUCCCCGGUGGCUCUGCCUCUCAUCGAGCCUCUGCAGACCAAAGUGGUUCAGGUGGCGUGCGGCCGCGCUCACUCUCUGAUCCUCACCGACCAGGAAGGAGUUUUCAGUAUGGGCAACAACGCUUAUGGCCAGUGUGGAAGGCGCAUAGUGGAAGAUGAAGUUUACAGCGGCACUCACAUCAUCCACAAGUUGGAAGGCUUCGACAGCAAGGUCACGCAGGUGGCAUGUGGACAGGAUCACAGCCUCUUCCUCACUGAGACGGGGAAAGUGUUUGCGUGUGGAUGGGGCGCAGAUGGACAGACGGGUCUCGGACACCACAACGUGAGCCCCCGUCCGGUGGAGGUGGGCGGGGAUCUGUCCGGCGUGGAGGUGCAGCAGGUCAGCACGUAUGGAGACUGCAGCCUGGCCGUGUCCACGGACGGGCGGCUGUACGGGUGGGGAAACUCCGAAUACCUGCAGCUGGCUUCGGUCACUGAGUGCACGCAGAUCAACUCUCCCCGACUUCUUCCUCUGGUCGGCUGUGGAAAGGUGGUCCAGGCGGCAUGUGGCGGCACGCAGGUGGCCAUUCUCAACGAGAAAGGACAGGUGUUUGUGUGGGGCUACGGCAUUCUGGGAAAAGGCCCGGAUCUCUCCGAAUCCUCCACCCCGGAGAUGAUCCCCUCCACGCUGUUCGGCCGCUCGGAGUUCAACCCCUCGGUCGCCGUCGCCAGCGUGCGGUGUGGACUCAACCAUUUCGCUGCAGUGACGGAUGCAGGCGAGCUCUUUGUGUGGGGGAAGAACAUGAGAGGUUGUUUGGGCAUCGGCAAGAGGGACGACCAGUACUUCCCGUGGAGGGUGACGGUGCCUGGUCAGGUGGUGGACGUAGCGUGUGGUGUCGACCACAUGGUGGCGCUGGUGAAGUCCCUCCUGUGAGCUGCAGUGUUCCUGCAGUGGAUGAAAGGUUUGGAUGUUUUGGCUGACCCCCUCCACCUCCUCCUCUUCUCUGUGGGAGCCGAUCGGGGGCCACGGCGGAGUCUCGGAGCCAGCUGCUCUCCACAGGAGCUACGGACCCUGGCGCCCCCCC